AUGUCAUUGUAUGAAGGGGCUCCGAGUCACAGCGAAAUCCAAGUGAUUUCCGAGCGGAUCGACGCUGACUCAGCAGCCGGGCGUAGUCCCAUCCUCUACGAGAAUGAGAUUCGGAACUAUCUAGGCGCAAGGGUGCGGGGAGUGGGCGAGCGAUUGCUCCGAAUGGAGGGGGCAGACGUGAAAUUGUGCAGCGGCCGCAUUACUGCGAGCGGCAUCGGCGACCGGUCGAUCAUCGAGGCCAUUCUCAUCCAAUCGAGAGGCGUCCCACCGGUGCGGCCCUGCAGUUGUUGUAGGAACAAUCGCUUUCCGUGCACGUUCCCCACGUGCCUCCAUGUGCCUGAUCCCCUGACAUUCCAGGGCAUCUGCGGCAACUGCAAGGCUUCGGGUCGGGCGUCGAGAAAUUGCGACGCCAUGAGCGCUUUCUUCGAGAUGGAACAACAACAAGCACACAUGGCACAAACGUUGCAAAGCAUGGCGGACGAUAGCAAUGCUUCCCAACUUCCGAACGGCGUCCGAACGGUCUCCCAAAUGGUGCUUCCUAAUCGGACCGUUAGUUUCUGA